AAAAUGUAUAGUGUAUAGUCUACCUAUCUCAUAAUAAGCGCGCCAAUCCAUAAUCCAAUCCCUAUUUUGACAUGAACAUUUAUAGAUAUUUCUAUUUUGCACACUGUAAAGAUAUACAAAGAUAAAAUAAAAGGGAAAUAGGGAAGAAAAUAAUUGUCUGCAAGAAACUAACUGCUUAUAUACCGAUAGUUAAUGAUAAUGGAAAGGAUCGUGGUGGUGUUUUUCAUUCUACUAAUUUUAUGAAGUACAAAGAAAAGUAAAAGUUAGUCUUUACUGUUCGUCUUUACUGUUAGUGUGUUAUUUUAAAUUUAAGCCAUGUCUGAUGAUUUAGAGCCAAAUCCAAAACGCGUUAGACUACUUCGUGGCAUGGACUGGUUGAAAAACCAAAAUAGUGAAACAAAAAAAUCACAGCAAAACAAAAACGAUAUACAGUUUAUAAUACAAACGAAUGCCGAUAGAAAGAAAUUUUUGUUGAACGCUGCGGAGGAUGAAGCUAGCGUUCCAGCAGGGGUAAACGAGUCUUCUGUUGAGCCCAAAGCAGUGCCUUUAAACCGUUUGAGGCUGGACAAACUGCAUAUGGAGUGUGAAUGGCACACAUGUAGAAAGAAGUCAAGUGAUUAUGAAGAAUUUCAGAAGCACAUACAAACCCAUAUCUCAGAUGUGAAGCCUGUUGUCGAUAAAAAUGAAAGUGUGGAAUAUGCCUGUCUGUGGGACGUCUGUGGUCACAUAACACCCGAUUUCAAUGAAAUGGUGCGACAUAUUAACUUUCAUGCGUACCAUGCGAAGUUACUAGCAAUAGGCUUCAACGGUCGAGCCACUCUAAAGCUUGUGCGGUGUAGAAAAGAUUCAAGCAAAAGAAAUCAGUUGCCGAAAUUUAUUGGUGAACAUGUCUGCAUGUGGACUGGUUGUCAACUGAAAUAUAGUUCUAUUCAGGCGUUCUUUGACCAUAUCAAACAGCAUAUUGCACAUUCUGAGAACCUGCAGUGUUCAUGGGCAGGUUGUGGGGCUAUAUUUAACAGGCGGACCUUCCUCACCAUACAUAUGAGAAUUCAUACCCGAGAGCGCCUUAUCGCGUGCUACCAUUGCGGUGUCCACUUCACAUGUAACAGGAAGCUUUGUGAUCAUCUCAGGAGACAGAACGUGAAUCCGAACUCUGCGUUCGCGUGCUCGCUGUGCGGCACGCUGUGCGCGACGGAGUACCUGCUGAACGAGCACGCGCGCCAGCACGUGUCGGCGUACGUGUGCGCGCUGUGCGACAUGUCGGCGCCCACGCCGGCCGCGCUCGCGCACCACGUGCGCUACCGGCACCUGCCGCCCGCCGCCGCGCGCCUGCACGCCUGCCAGCUCUGCGCGUACCGGGCGGUGACACAAUCCGAUCUUCGCAAACAUCUACGCCAUACUCACAAUAAAGAAAAAGCUGUAAAGAAAGCUGAGGGAAGUGACCCAGAUGAUUUUAGCGAUGAUUCAGAUGCAGAAAGCAAACUGAGGAAGAAGAAGUCGACUAAGAAAUACGCGUGUCACUUGUGUCCAGAAAAACAUAUGAAAAUCUUCUCCAGAGGUUACAGAUUGACUACACAUUUAGUGAAAGAGCAUGGGGCUCAGUGGCCGCAUGGGCAUAGCAGGUUUAGGUAUCAAAUAAGCGAAGAUGGCAUGUACAGACUGACAACAACAAGAUACGAAGUUCUCGAAGUUUUCAAGAAGAUUGUGGAUCGAGAUAGCGGUCCAAACGAAUUGCUGACAAACAAAUUUGAGUUUAAAUUACAACAAACUGCAGAACCAACAGAAACAACACCUAGGCAGUUUGAAAUAGCAUUUAAAAAUGAAACAGAAAUGGAAAAGUUUGAAAAAACAAUAAAAAAUGAUGAGAAAAAAGACGAUAAAACUAAAGUGGAGAUUGUCAUGUGCGAUGUGGAUGAGGAAGGGAAUAUUAUUAGAUCUGAAGUUAUGAAUUAACAUUUCAAAGCUGUUUAUUAGCUACAAAUACAAGUUACUAUGUUGAUAUGAACCGAAGUGAUUGUAUACUUUCAAGUGGAUUGUUAAAAUACUUUCAAUAAUAUAGGAUUACAUUGUAACUGAAUAGUAGGUACCUAAGGUAGAUGAUUUUAAUAUCAGCAGUAUAGUAAUUUGUAUAUUAAA